CUGUUCCUCUGUCCAUAUUCAGUGACAGUCUGAGCGAAAUGUGAAAACUCGGAGCUCCAGAUCGAAGUCGGCAUCACAUCCUUUAGUAGGGACUUGACAAGCAUCCUUUACAAGUGCAAUGUCAGGUCGAGAUCUUAAAAACUUCCUGUUCCUUCAUCGGUCGGACCCAACAGACAAAGGCCAGGUGUUUACCCGGAUAAUGGGAGGAAACCGGAGUAAUAAGUACCGGGAGGUGGAUUACGACGCGGUGCGGGCGCUGAUCGCAGACAGAAGACAGGCCGGGGACGAGAAACUGGGAAAAGUGCAGCGGAUCGCACAGAAGUCUAAAGCUGGAAAGGAGCACAACCUGCAGAAACAACACAAGAUGGUCUGGCACAAGGAACAGCUACGACUGACCACUGCACGGCGCCAGGCACAGAUCGAGCUGGACGGCAUGACCAGUGCCAGUCCUCUGACCAACGACCUUCCCGCGUGCACACAGUUCUUCCAGGAGUGUGAGGCGUACAAUGCCAUGCUGUCUGCAGAUACUGGUGAUUUCAAAGCUGCCACUGUUGACCCUGUGUGGGACCUGAGAGAAGAUCUGCUGUACUGGCUACAAGAGCAUGCUGAAGCCAUCUCCCAGGGGGAAGGGGAAGAGCUAAGGGAAGAGCAUCAAGAGAUCAGAGCCCAGGUGGAGUCUGUACAGACGCAGCAGCAGCAGGUGAUGUUGCAGCUGCAGGAAGAGCGGAGACAGCUGGAGGAGGAGCUGCACCUGCCGCACCUGCAGAACAUGAUGCAUUCUGGGGAGAAACAACAAGAAACUGGCAUUCCACAGGCUAUGGCUGACUUGGAAUGUCCAGACAGAAAAUUAAAGGAAUCUGUACUGCAAGAAUUUCUACAUCUAGACACACGGUACCAGGAAAGGUUAGAUGAACUGGAAAAAACAAACAAAGAAACUAUAAGUUCCAGUACUGGGGGUUGGAAGGCUGAAGACCACUGGGUGUUCCAGGUUGUACUGGAGCAGUACCCUCAUGACCUGCCACACAGACGCCAGCUGUACCUGGAUAGACUCAGGAAACACCUGCCUCGCAAGACAAGGGCUGCACUGGUUUCCCACGAGGCAUGGUACUCUGCGUACAGAGUGUACCACGACCAGGUUCGCUCCAUACAGCACAGCUGGACGCGGGACCGUGCUGAACUGAUGGGAAAGGCCCGAGCAACAUUUGCUGCUGUCUGCACAGCUCAUGAACAGGCCAUGGAGGCCAAGAUUAAACACCAAGAACAGGAAGAAAUCUGUGCUAUACUGAGAGAACAGUUGCAUUACUGGCAGGAGAUGAAGAGGGAGCAGAUGGCUAUAGAGGCUGCAGUCAAGGCAAGGAUGAGAGAGGAGGAGGAGGAAAGAAGACAGAUGGAAGAGGAGAAGGAGAAAAAAAGGAGAGCUAAAGAUCACCAGAGGUUGGUUGAGUUCUAUGAAGAGAAGCAGAGGGCGCGUGCAGUUGCUGCCGAAGCUGACAGGAGGCGCAUGGAGGAACUGCACAAACUCAUGGCAGAACAGGCAGAGCACGACAAGGAAAGGGUGAGAUACAGGGAAGAACAGAUAGAAAAGAAGACUCAGCAGAGAAGAGAGGCCCAGGAAAGACAGGAGGAGGAAGAGAGACAAAAAGAGAGAAGACUGGAAACUCUCAGACAAAUGGUGGAGCCCCAUGUGGAAGUAGACCCAGUGCGGAUGAUGGGGAACACAACUGCUUCCAAAGCCAGGAUGGGUAUUGGUGCAGAGGAAGAUAUUAACAUCCAGAAACCAUUGUUUCAUUUGCAUGGAUUUACCGACCAACAGGUUGCGUCGGACAACAGGGUGCGUGUUGAACAGGCUCUGAGAGAGGCGGGGCUUCACACGUCCGAGUACGCUCGCCACAUCCUCAAGGACAUCGCCCCGCCACGCCCUCCCAGGAAAGACCAGGAGUCGUCUGUCCACAGGCUGCUAGAUCACAACUAGAUCAAGGCUUGAGUUUGGACUUCUCAGAAAGAAUUCUAGCUUUAACUACAGUCAAACCUCUAUUAGCGGCCACCUUUGCAUAGCGACCACCUAGCCAUUGCGGUCACUUUUUGUCGGUUCCUUUGGUUUUUCUUAUUGACAUAAGCAUUUUCUAAUACAAUUUACGGUGAAGUGAUCCAUGAACCCACUAAAUAAAUAUUUUUUAAAUAAAUGAACCCACUGUAAGCAAGUUUCUAUGACAACCUUUCCUGUCACAACAAUGUGCUCAAUACGGUACUGUAAAAUUAAUAUAAAUAUAUUCGCAUUUUUCAUGGUGACCUCUUCAUUCUGAACUCAAAACCAUCUAGAAAAUUUCUGAUCUGUUUCUGUCCAUCCACGGGCCAAUUGUCUACAUUGUACAGUAUGAUGAUGUAUUGGAGACAACUGUUCUGUCCAUCUGUAACACUCUUGCCUAGUCACUAAGUAGUGCUUUCCUAAAGGCUAUGCAAUAAACUCUAUUACUGUACCCGUAACUGUAUUAGUAACUGUAGCAGUAUGUGUACUAUUGGAUUUAGAACUGUUACAAUAUUUAUUCAAUGGAUACAUACUGUGCACAUGUAGUUUAUAGGCU